AGCCUGUUGCUUAUUCAUUCAGAGUGGGAAAGCGCCAGCCCAGCGGCCAGCCAGUACCGGGCUGGCCAUGUAAGGCCCCCAGGCAGUCCUGCCUGUCCGGUGCCCUGCAGAGAGCCUCGUGCAGCCCUGGGCACCGCCCCUGCCCUGCCCUGACCCCUUGGCCUCGAAAUGCUGUCAUCGGAGGAGCCGUCCCGCUCGGGACAAGGCCAGCAUGGACAAAGCUAGAGCUGGGGCAGGCAAGGAGCCGUCCUGUCCUCGAGGCCGUGGGAAGAGAAGCACGCACAGGAGUACACUCCUGAGAGCCUCUCGGUCCACCAGGCCUCUGCAGAGGGGCCACCAUGGCUCUAGCCCGAGCUGGCUGGCAGCUGGGGGCCCUGGUGUGGGGCGCCUGCCUCUGCGUCCUGGUGCACGGGCAGGAGGCGCGGCCGGGGCAGGGCUCGGGCCCGGGGCGCUGGCGGCAGCUGAUUCAGUGGGAGAACAACGGGCAGGUGUACAGCCUGCUCAACUCGGGCCCAGAGUACCUGCCGGCCGGGCCGCAGGGCACCGACAGUAGCUCCCGGGUGCUGCUGGCCGGCGCUCCCCAGGCCCCGCGGCGGCGCAGCCCAGGAGGCCUCCGGCGUCGGCAGGCCCCGUCGCUGCCCCUGCCCGGGCGCGUCGGCUCGGACACCGUGCGCGGCCAGGCGCGGCACCCGUUCGGCUUCGGCCAGGUGCCCGACAACUGGCGCGAGGUGGCCGUCGGGGACAGCACAGGCAUGGCCCGGGUCCGCACCUCCGUCUCCCAGCAACGACACGGGGGCUCCGCCUCCUCGGUCGCGGCCUCGGCCUUCGCCACCACCUACCGCCAGCCGCCCUCCUUCCCGCAGCAGUUCCCCUACCCGCAGGCGCCCUUCGUCAGCCAGUAUGAGACCUACGAGCCCGCGUCGCGGACCUACGACCAGGGCUACGUGUACUACCGCGGCGGCGGCGGCGGUAGCGCGGGGGCGGCGGCCGUGGCCUCGGCCGGGGUCGUCUACCCCUUCCAGCCGCGGGCGCGCUACGAGGAGUACGGCGGCGGCGAGGAGCAGCCCGAGUACCCGCCGCAGACCUUCUACCCGGCCCCGGAGAGGCCCUACGCGCCGCCGCCCGCCGACGGCCUGGACCGCCGCUACUCGCACAGCCUGUACCACGAGGGCACCGCCGGCUUCGAGCAGGCGCCCCCGGAGCCGGGCCCCGACGCGCCGCCCGCCGGCGGCGGCAGCUCCGCCGCCGACCCCCGCCUCGGCUGGUACCCGCCGUACGCCAACGUGCCGCCCGAGGCCUACGUCCCGCCGCGGGCCGUGGAGCCGCAGCCCCCCUUCCGCGUGCUGGAGCCGCCCUACCUGCCCGUGCGCAGCUCGGACGCGCCCCCGCCAGGUGGGGAGCGCGGCGGCGCGCAGCAGGGCCGCGUCAGCGUGGGCAGCGUGUACCGGCCCAACCAGAACGGCCGCGAUCAAGACGGAUCUAGUGGUGGGACAGACCGACGCGCGACCUGGAAUAGCACUGCCAGUCAGGGAGGACUUCCUGGAGCAGGAGGUCUCCCUGACUUGGUCCCGGACCCCAACUACGUGCAAGCCUCCACUUACGUGCAGAGAGCCCAUCUGUACUCACUGCGCUGUGCUGCGGAGGAGAAGUGUCUGGCCAGCACAGCCUACACCCCCGAGGCCACCGACUACGACGUGCGGGUGCUGCUACGCUUCCCCCAGCGCGUGAAGAACCAGGGCACCGCGGACUUCCUCCCGAACCGGCCACGGCACACGUGGGAGUGGCACAGCUGCCACCAACAUUACCACAGCAUGGAUGAGUUCAGCCACUAUGACCUGCUGGAUGCAGCCACAGGCAAGAAGGUGGCUGAGGGCCACAAGGCCAGCUUCUGCCUAGAGGACAGCACCUGUGACUUUGGCAACCUCAAGCGCUACGCGUGCACCUCUCACACACAGGGCCUGAGCCCCGGCUGCUAUGACACUUACAACGCGGACAUCGACUGCCAGUGGAUUGAUAUAACCGACGUGCAGCCCGGCAACUACAUCCUCAAGGUCCACGUGAACCCAAAGUACAUUGUGCUGGAGUCUGACUUCACCAACAACGUGGUGAGAUGCAACAUCCACUACACAGGUCGCUAUGUUUCUACAACAAACUGCAAAAUUGUCCAAUCCUGAUCUCGCAGAGGAUGGACAGGCGGCCAAUCUCCCCACUUCCCAAAGCCGGCCAGGCUCCCCAGGAAGCCUCCUGCCAGGACUGACCUGGCCCCCCCACCUACAGGCAGGGGCAGAUGGAAGCCACAGGCAUCCCUCCCUGCCGGCCUCAGGGAGCAAACGCAGACCGAAACCACAGGGAUUCCGGAUGCCAGGCCCAAUUUUGUACUUAACUCUUCUCGACAAUGGUAUUUUGUCGGUUGUUGGUUUUUAUUUUUUAUAUUUUGGCCAUAUCACAGAGCAAGAUUGCCCAGGCCUGGGCUGAAUAAAACAAGGUUUUUCUA